AUGCUACAGGUCAUCUCUGUGCUCUGCUGCUUGAUCGUCUCUAUCUAUGCCGCACCUACAAGCUUAGAGGCAAGAGACGUAUCGGCAGACGUGCUCGGCCAGUUGAACCUAUGGGAACAGUACGCAGCCGCAGCGUACUGUGUCACGAAUAAUGAUUCUCCUGGAACCAAGGUCACCUGUGCCGCCGGAAACUGUCCUCUUGUAGAAGCAGCAACCACAACCACGUUGAUUGAGUUCCAGAACUCCCUCCUUACCGAUGUAACAGGCUUGGUAGCGGUUGACUCGACCAAUCGAAAGGUUGUGGUCAACUUCCGUGGCAGCCAGUCGGCCCGCAAUUGGCUCAACAAUCUUGAUUUCACUGCCAUCCCAAGCGACAUCUGCUCUGAUUGCAGAGUCCAUCAGGGAUUCUGGAGGUCAUGGGUAGAGGCCAGGCCGCGGAUCUUGACAGCCGUAGAAUACGCUGUAGCACAGAACCCCGGAUAUGGUAUUGUGUCUACCGGUCACAGUCUCGGUGGUGCCAUCGCUACGCUUGCCGCAGCCAAUCUGCGAAAUAGCGGCUAUAAUGUCGCUUUGUAUACCUACGGAGCUCCUCAAGUAGGAACAGAAGUCACCGCCAACUAUAUCAGCAACCAACCAGGAGGCAAUUAUCGCGUCACACACACCAACGAUAUUGUCCCUAAAUUACCGAGUCGCAUAUUCGGUUACAGCCAUGUCAGCCCGGAGUACUUCAUCAAGUCAGGCAAUAACGUGCCGGUCACCUCAAGGGACAUUGAUGUAAUUCAAGGCAAUCCUUGGAAUGCUGGCAAUCAAGGGACAUUCCCUUCGAGUAUAGAAGCUCACGGCUGGUAUUUCAAUGCCAUAGGGGAUUGCGCUCCAGAUGGCUUUGAAUUUAAGGAGUAG